AUGCUCUGGUAUAAAAUAGACACUGGUGGCCACAGACCGGCACACUCUCAGUCGCUCCGACUCGGGAACCAGAGCAUCAGCGGAGAUAAGGCUUUAUUUUGUCCUCUUAGGCUAACUCGCUUUGAGCUUUGGUUCAGGAUGGAAACCUCUUCGAUAUAUCGGAGCCGACGAUGCUCCAUCAUGCGCAACUGCAAAAGCGGUCUCUCCCUCUGGUUGGUGGUGUGGCUGGUCCUCGGCAAGCCAAGUCCGGCAUCGGCGUGCCCGCAACAGUGCGUGUGCUACCCGACGCCCAUGACUGUGAGCUGCCAGGCGCAGAACUUCACCGCCGUCCCGGUCGGAGUGCCCUACGAGUCGCAGCGUGUGUUCCUCCAGAACAACCGGAUCACGGAGCUCAGAGUUGGCUCUUUUGGCUUCGGAACUCAGGUUCUGUGGCUGUUCUCUAACAACAUCACAUGGAUUGAGGCAGGGGCCUUCAGUGAGCUGCGGGACUUGGAGGAGUUGGACCUGGGGGACAACCCUAACCUCCACAGGCUGGAGGGGGGAGCCUUCCGCGGACUAGAGAAGCUCCAGAGCCUCCACAUGCACCGCUGCCGGCUCACUGCCCUGCCCCAUGACAUCUUCCACAAGCUUUACAGCCUGCACUUCCUCUAUCUGGAGGAGAAUAAUCUCCACUUCCUGCAGGACGACAUCUUCUCUGACCUCAUAAACCUGAGCCAGCUUUUCCUGCAUGGCAACCGCAUCCGUACCCUCUCCGAGAACGUGUUUCGUGGCCUGGUCAACCUCGACCGCCUUCUCCUUCAUGACAACCGCAUCAGGCAAGUGAACCGCCGGGCCUUUCGUGACCUCGGCCGCCUGACCAUGCUCUUCCUCUUCAACAACACCAUGGCGGAGCUGCCCAGCCAGACCCUGAGGGACACCCAGGGCAUCGAGUUCCUCCGCCUCAACGCCAAUCCCUGGUCAUGUGGCUGUGAGGCCCGCAACCUGUGGGAGUGGUUCCGUGAGGCCCGUGUCUCUUCAUCCGAGGUGAUCUGCUCCUCCCCUUCCAACCGCCGCGGCCAGGACCUCCGCUUUCUCCGUGAGAUGGACUUCGCUCUCUGCCCCCUGGUCGACCCAGGCUCCAUCGGUGGCUCCACCACCACCACCUUCAGCACCAAGACCCGCUGGUGGUUCCACAAGAACAAGCCCCAGUCAUCCACGAAAGGUGUCUUUGAAAAAGCCUCAGAGACCGUCAAGGCUGGUUUGUAUGGGAAAGGCCCGUCCACAACCUCCUCAGUAGUCAAGUAUGAGCUGGGGGAGGAAGAGCUGGCGCUGCCCAAACUUGACUCAGAAGAGUACUGGGUAAACUACGGCAACGAGGAUUCAGGUGUCACUCUGCGGUGCUUCGAGCUCGAAUGUCCACCUGAGUUUGACAUGCCUCCAUCUUCCUCCUCUCCCUCAUCCUCCUCGCCGUCGCUCUUCUCUUUACUAGCCCUUUCUGUUUUCAGCCUCUGCCUCAACCUCCACCUGCGACUUGGUUGA